AUGGCUUCGCUGACAAUAAUGAUGGUGGCCGAAAAACCGAUGCUUGCUGAAUCUAUUGCAAAAAUCCUUGCCGAUGGGAAAGUUAGGAAAAGAAAAGGUUGGAACAAUGUUUGCUCGGUUUCUGAAUACUGUGGGCAAUUCCAAGGACAAUCAGCUAUGUUUAAGGUAACAAGUACUUGUGGUCACAUAAUGUCUUUGGAUUUUCCACCAAAAAUGAAUAAUUGGGAAAAAGUCGAUCCAGUUCAAUUGUUUUCAUCAUCAACAACGAAAAAGGAAGCAAAUCCAAAAAUGCGAAUGAAUGAGUAUCUUGCUUCGGAAGCAAAAGGUUGUGAUUUCUUGGUCUUAUGGUUGGAUUGCGAUAAAGAGGGGGAAAAUAUUUGCUUUGAAGUGAUUGAAGCGGUCAAAAAUUCAAUAAAAAAACCAAAAACAGGAGAUAUUAUGAGAAAUAUUUACAGGGCACAUUUCUCAGCCAUCACUGCAAAAGAUAUCAAGUCAGCAAUGCGGAAUCUUGGGCAUCCUAAUAUCAAUGAAAGCUUAUCUGUUGAUGCACGUCAAGAGCUUGAUCUGAGGAUUGGUUGUGCCUUUACGCGCUUUCAAACGCGAUAUUUUCAGGGUAAAUAUGGCAAUCUCGAUAGCACAACCAUAUCAUUUGGUCCAUGUCAAACACCAACACUGGGAUUCUGUGUAACUCGGCAUGAUCUGAUUACACAGUUUAAGCCAGAGCCAUACUGGGUUUUAGAGACAACCUUCGAAACUUUAGCGGGUGAGAAAUUAAAGCCAACUUAUACCAGAGGUCGUAUAUUUGAUAAAGACGUCUCUCAGCUGUUUUUUGAUCGAAUCAAAAAGCAGAAUGAAGGCGUUGUUGUCGAUGUAAGCAGUUCGGAGUUUCGGAAAGAGCGUCCGCAAGCUCUCAAUACUGUUGAAUUAUUGAAGGUUGCCAGCAGUGGCCUAGGUCUUAGUCCUGCACAGACUAUGAGUACUGCAGAAUAUCUUUACACCAGGGGUUUUAUAAGUUAUCCACGAACGGAAACUACAGCAUAUCCUUCAAAUUUUGAUUUUUCUGAGGCUUUGCGCCAUCAACAAAACGAUAGCCGCUGGAAAGAUAUUGUAGAAAAGUUAUUAUCAGAAGGAAUAACAGCGCCUCGUAAUGGUGAAGAUAAAGGUGAUCAUCCUCCAAUAUCACCUUUGCGUGGCAAUGAUGGUUCACUGACUGGAGAAGCCUUAAAAGUAUACGACUAUGUCACACAGCAUUUUAUUGCAACGCUAAUGAGGCCUUGUACAUAUCUUGUCACGAGUGUAAUAAUCAAUGUCGCAAACGAAAUAUUUGUUGCAAAAAGUAAGUGUGUUAUAAAUUUGGGUUACACAGAAAUUAUGGUCUGGCAGAAAAUUGAGGAAGACGCACAAAAUUGUAAUAUAGUCAAAGGCACAAAGGUCAUUUUAAAAGAUGGAAAAAUAUGUGAAUAUGCGACGAAUCCACCGGAUUACCUCACCGAAUCAGAGUUGAUCUCAUUAAUGGAAAAGCACGGCAUCGGGACGGAUGCUUCUAUUCCCGUUCAUAUUAGUAAUAUUUGUCAGCGGAAUUAUGUUACUGUUGAAUCUAGAAGGCGCUUGAAGCCGACAAAAUUAGGCAUUGCACUUGUACAUGGCUAUUGGAAAAUAGAUUCGGAACUGGUAUUACCUACAAUGCGGUCGGAAGUUGAAAGUCAAUUAAAUCUCAUAGCUAAGGGAUAUGCCGAUUUUUGUUCUGUCAAGAACCAUGUGCUUGAAAAUUUCCGCCUUAAAUUUAUCUUCUUUGUAGAAAAUAUUGGUCUCGUGGACUCCCUUUUCGAAGAUUCGUUCACUUCACUUGCUGCUUCGGGAAAGCCAUUCAGCAGAUGUGGAAAAUGUCGGCGUUUUAUGAAACUCGUUGCUUCCAAACCACAACGUUUGCAUUGUCCAAACUGCCAGGAUACAUAUUCAUUGCCUUCUGCCAAAGAUGGGUUAUUGAGACUUCAUGGUGAAAACAAGUGCCCUUUGGAUGAUUUUGAUUUGAUUUACUGGCAAGGUGCUGGAGGAAAAUUGUCGAUGUCAUAUGCGCUUUGUCCUUAUUGUUAUAAUAAUCCGCCAUUUGAGGGAAUGAGAAAAGGUUCAGGAUGUCACGAAUGUUCGAAUCCUGUGUGUCCUCAUUCGUUCUUAACGCUGGGAGUAGUGCAGUGUCCACGUCAGUGUGGUGCUGGUAAUGGAGUAUUGGUAUUGGAUCCCCAAUCUGCGCCAAAGUGGCGUAUUUCUUGCAACAAGUGCUCUGCUGUUGUAACUGUUUUCGAAGGUGCACUGCGCGUUAAAGUUCUUACUAGGCAGUGUGAAGAUUGUGGUGCACAGCUGUUUUUUGCCGAAUAUAAGGAUAAGCUUUCUUUGCCAGAGGAGAAAACCACAUAUAGAGGUUGUGUUUUUUGUGAUAAAUCUAUUUCACAUCUGGUGAAUUUGAAUCAUGCAUAUAGUGCGGAGCAUCCUAUUCAACGGGGACAUAUUAAUAUGCGACAAAAACGUGGUGGUGGUGCAUCGAUGAAAAGUCGUGGUCGAAUUGCACUGAAGAGAUAA